CCAUUUACUAUGCUGGUAGCCUAUUUUCUGAAGAACAUGGAAUAUUCCUAUGAUACUGUUUUUGCUAAUUUUCAGUCUGUCAUAUCAUAUGUGUUUUGUGAUUUUAUUUUAUUCCAACCUCUUCACUGGUUUCACAUACAGUAGUAUGUCCUUCAUGCUAGGCUGUUUUUAGGGAAAUAUCAGCUCCUGGAUGGAAAGAAAAAGACUGAUAUAAUAUAACUAAUCUUUAUCAUGGAUCCAACAACUACAUUUUUUAUUUAUGAGAAGCUACAGAUGCUGGUAAUGUGGAGUAAACAAUGUUGAGUUUUAGACCUUCAUUAUAUAAGCUAUUUUAAGUACAAAACAAAUAUUGUCAUUACAGACUUAAAGCCUUAUGUUUAUGUCUCAGUUUUGUUCACAUUUUGUACUGCUUGUUUGGGAUAAAGUUGAUUUCACAGUAGGUUUUGUUUACUGGAGGUUUUUUUUGUAAGGCUGCUUCUCCAGAUUUCAUAGAGAACACAGAGAUUUAAUACAGAAUGAUGUUGCAAGAUUACACGUUUUCCUACUGCGGUCUUGCGUCACCAAUUGUACAAAAAUUGCUACAUUCCUACCUAUUAAUCACCUUCAAUCCUUAAAAAGAAAUGCAGACCAGGACGAGUUGCUCUUCAAACAUUUAUUGUUGGUGUGGCGGCGUGUAGGUGUGUUUACACCUCCUAUUUGUUACUGCUCGCCCUAUAAAUCCAGUAGUAAACGUUCCUCUUUGGCACAGAACCGGCUCUCAGUGUCUAGUUUUUACUCAGUUGGAUAUAAUGGCAGCUGAGCAAGAAUCAGACCGCUUCAAACCACCUGUGGACUCUGUGAAAACACCUUUCGGAAAUGUGUGUGAUACGUUCGGGUUAAAGAUAACGCAAAUUAACGACAAGACAACAGUAUGGCCAAGGCCACUGGCCCGGACAUGGACCCUGAUGCUUCUGUUAGUCACAUGUCUUCUCUACUGGUUACGGAUGGCCAUGCCAAUCUGUGCUGUCACCAUGGCAAAAGAAUUUGGAUGGAGCAAAACCGAGACUGGCAUAGUGCUGGGUGCUUUUUUCUGGGGUUACUGUUUUACCCAGGUACUAGGUGGCCAUGCCAGCGAUAGGAUAGGAGGAGAGCGAGUACUGCUGCUGUCCACCUCCUCCUGGGCCGUGAUGACAGCUAUUACCCCGCUUCUGGCCAACAUUGGACUCCGACCUCUUGUUACCAUGACAAUGACCAGGUUUCUACUGGGGGUAAUGCAGGGGGUUCACUACCCUUCUCUUGUCAGUAUCUGUGCUCAGCGUGUGGUGGAGGGAGAGAGAGGUUUUUUGAUGAGCACACUGGCCUGUGGGUGCUACCUAGGGAUGCUGCUGGUUGGAGGUGUGGGUUCCCUGAUGAUGGACUGGUUUGGAUGGGGGAGUGUGUUUUAUGGAGCUGGUCUCCUUGCUGUUUGCUGGACCUGUUGUGUAUGGAAAUGUCUUCUGCAAGGUCCAGUUUUCUCCCUCGACCCACUGUGGAGCCGUAGUUCUGCUUCUGAAUCCUCCAGAAUCAAUUGGCUGUAUCUCCUCAGAGAGCCUAGUGUCUGGGCUAUGAUCAUUGCUCAUCUCUGCUUUGGUAGCACGUAUUUCACCCUCAUGUCAUGGCUACCAACAUUCUUCAAAGACAUGUUUCCUCAUGCCAAGGAUUGGGUGUUUAAUGUGAUCCCCUGGUUUGUGGCUUUACCCACUUCACUGUUUGGAGGCUCUAUCUCUGAUCAUCUCAUUAUGCAAGGCUGCGGGACAGCAUCUGUAAGGAAACUGAUGCAGUUCUGUGCAAUGGGAUUAGCCAGUGUGUUCAUCUUCCUUCUCUGUAAGACGGACAGCUUUAUCCAUGCGGUUGCUUGUGUGUCUCUGGCUGUUGGGCUGUCCACAUUUAAUAAUAGUGGGGUGUCUGUGAAUGUGCAUGACCAGGCACCAUCAUGUGCAGGAGCCCUGUUUGGGGUUAUGAACACAUGUUCUGCUUUUACUGGUUUGCUGUUGGUAUACUUGUCUGGCUACAUGAUUGAGAUCACAGGUUCCUGGGUGAAUGUGUUCUCAAUCCUGGCUCUGGUGAACGUCAUUGGUGUCACUGUAUUCAUAGCGCUGGGUGAAGCAAAGCGAGUUGAUCAGCUGGAUCAGCCUCAGAUCAUCUCAACAUCAUGUUGAAAACAAAUUCUUCCUUUCAGAGAUAUUGGGGUUUCGUUCAUUUGUCAUUUGUAACAAAUGGAUUGAAAUUCCUCAAAACUUUUAUAUGUAUUUUAUAUAAUG